AACUUGCAGGCCCUCGAAAAAACACGCCUGAACGCCACGGAAACGGUACCAGUCACUCACUGCAUAUCAGUAUACCGCCGCAGUACCACAGGCAGCCAUCUGCGAAGAGCUGGUGGCUUCGCGUUGCGAAACAAUUGCAAAACCGCUACUUUGCUACUUUCGGGUGCUCUGGACAAAGCGGUCCCGCGCGCACGGAUAUAAUGCUCUCGAGCACCUGCGCAGCGUGCGGCGCGUCGGGCGCCAAGAAAGACUGCGGGCGCUGUAAGACGACGUACUGCAGCGUCGCGUGCCAGACGCAGCACUGGAAGGAAGGCGGGCACAAGGACCUCUGUAAACGCAUCAAGCGCGGUGGUGGCGCCGAACAGUAUCACGCGGACAAGAAAUACAAGGAGGCCGUCGAUGAGGCGAUUGAGGAAUGCGCGGAGGCAACAAAAGGCCAGACGUGCUACAUCUGCCGAGAUGAACGGUCCACCGAGGGAUUAGUCCGCGGCUGCGCGUGCCAUACGACCGAGGGCUUCGCGCACUUGUCGUGCCUGGUUCGCGAGGCGCAGGUUGUGGGCGAGGACGAGUUGCAGCAGCACAACCGCAAUAAGCUUUGGACCAAGUGGGCAGAGUGUAGUCUAUGUCGCCAAAGAUAUCAUGGCCCCGUAGCGCGUGCCAUGGCGUGGGGUGGCUGGAAGACAUACUUGAGUCGACCUGAGGGGGAUGCGAUUCGGGGGUAUGCGCUGAAUAUCAUGGGAAUCACGAAGGGCAUGAAUAAUGAAGAAGCGCUACGCGCCGCCAUGGCCUACCGCGAGUGGUGUUGUCGGUUCGACCCGGCCAAUAUCAUGACUGCCGAUGAAAAUCUCGCACUCGUGUACAAGGGCUUGAGAUGUUACGAUGAAGCUAUUUCUGUGUUGCAGCGGGUGCGGGCGGAAAAGUUGAAGCGGUUGCGUGGCUCGGAAAACGAGGAUAGCGUGAUGACACUCCUCAAUAUUUCGGCAAGCCAUUCUUGUGCGGGGCGCUACGCGGAGGCGAUCGCGCUGCUCAGCAGGGAACGACCAGCCGCGUGCCGAGCGUUGGGGGAGGACCACCAUCUUUGCAUCUCGCUGGCUGGCCUUCUCGGGUCGGCGCACCUGCGGCGUGGGGCAGACCUAGGGGAUUUCCUUGCCGCCGGCGCCAUUCUUCGUGAUGUAAUUCUGCGGUUCCGAAAAGUCCUCGGCCCAGAUCACCCGCACACGCAUUCGAGCGAACAUUCUUUCGUGGAAGCCCUGGCGGCCCUGGAGAAGGCCGGCUGCGAAGCUGACAUCCUGGAAAAGCUCAGCAGUGGCAUUUUGAAAGACGAGCCCGUCUACGAGCCGCGCUCUCGGCCCGGCCCUUGGAAGAAGUAAGAACCAC